UUUGAGACUUCUGUUUCCAGCGAGCUUCACAGAGCCUUUGGCGGGGGACGACUGACAGGCACAGAGUUGGACAGUCCAACCCUGCUCUCUGGGGCACCGAAUGGGGCUUGGAGAUCAAGUUCCGGAGAAGGAAGGCUUCUACCAGAGUGUGGUGCUGAGGACCUCCCUGACCUGCAGAGGAUGUCAGGGCGCUGCAGUAGGGCUGUGGGAAACUGGUGCUGAAGUUCGCGAGGCAGAAUCUGAACGCCAAGGGCAGGAUUCCAUGCUGAGAAGGAGCCAGAAGCCCCCAGCUCCGCUGGCUCAGGAUGGACCGACCGCUGCUGCCCGAGAGCAACGGAACCUCAGAUGAUGGCCCAUCAGAGGUUGCUAGAGAAGCAUCUAGACGACUUUCAAGAGAACAGAUCUCUAUACUAAUAUCAGCAGCUUCCAUUAAUUUGGGAUCAAUGAUGUGCUAUUCAAUACUGGGACCAUUUUUCCCUAAUGAGGCUGAAAAAAAAGAUGUCAGCAAUACAGUCAUUGGAAUGAUCUUUGGAUGCUUUGCUUUGUUCAACUUGCUCUCAUCCUUGUUAUUUGGGAAAUAUCUUGUACAGAUUGGAGCUAAGUUCAUGUUUGUGGCAGGAAUGUUUGUCUCAGGAGGAGCUACAAUUCUCUUUGGUAUGUUGGAUCGAGCUCCUGAUGGACCAGUAUUUAUUACCAUGUGUUUUCUUGUGAGAGUGGUGGACGCGAUAAGCUUUGCUGCAGCAAUAACUGCAUCAUUUUCUCUUCUUGCAAAAGCUUUUCCAAAUAACGUAGCUACAGUAAUGGGAAGCCUUGAAAUUUUUUCUGGCCUGGGCCUAGUUUUAGGACCUCCUCUAGGUGGUUUUUUAUAUCAAACUUUUGGCUAUGAGGUGCCAUUUAUUUUUCUUGGAUGCCUAGUUCUACUGAUGGUGCCACUCAACAUAUGUAUUUUACCUAAUUAUGAUGCUGCUCCUAGUGAACACUCAUUCUGGAAACUUGUUACUCUACCCAAGGUUGGACUUAUAUCAUUUGUUAUCAUUUCAUUAAGUGGAGGUUUUGGCUUCUUGGAUCCUACUCUGUCUCUCUUUGUAUUGAAUAAAUUUAAUUUGUCAGCAGGAUAUGUGGGGCUCGUAUUUCUGGGGCUGGCAUUAUCAUAUUCCAUUUCUUCACCUCUUUUUGGAUUGCUAAGUGACAAAGUACCAUACCUAAGGAAAUGGCUUCUGGUUUCUGGAAACAUAGUAACAGCAGUAUGCUAUAUGCUUUUAGGACCUGUUCCAAUCUUACAUAUUAAAAGUCAGCUCUGGCUGUUAGUCCUAGUACUGGUUGUGAAUGGUAUCUCUGCUGGCAUGAGUAUAAUACCAACUUUCCCAGAAGUACUCAGUUGUGCAUAUGAAAAUGGAUUUGAAGAAGGAUUGAGUACAUUGGGGCUUGUGUCUGGGCUUUUUGGUGCCAUGUGGUCACUUGGAGCAUUCAUAGGACCAACGUUAGGUGGAUUUUUAUAUGAAAAAAUUGGUUUUGAAUGGGCUGCAGCUAUACAAGGACUCUGGGCUCUAAUCACUGGAUUGGCAAUGGGACUAUUUUAUAUUCAGGAGCACUUGCAAAGAAAGAGAUGUGAACUGCAAAAUACCCUCAGCACUGAAGAAGAAAGAGAAGAAAGAACAUCGCUGUUGCCCCAUAGGAUAUAGCCUUACAUACUUCAUAUUGAUAAAACGCUUGAAGCUGUAGUCUAGUUACUUUUAGAAAUAAGAAAUUUUUUUCUUCUGAAACAAGGGCCCAUAUGCACAACCCAGGGCCUCUAAACCUACCUUCUCAUUGUAUUGACACUACCUUUUGAAUGAUCCAAAGCAAAACAUCAAGAGCCCUGAUAAGUUGGCUAACUGAUAUAUUUCAUUUACUUGCACAUAACAAAUGAUGGAAAUUUGUGUGGAUCUGUUUUUAACUGAAUGUCAAAGCUCCCUGCUUUUUGGGCUGGGCUGCUGAAUGUAUUCAUGUUUCUUACUACAAUGUAUAUUUUACCAUAAGUGCAAUCAUUUUGUAAAUGCACCUUUUUAAAGAGGUUGGGGAGGGAAUAACUUGACUUUAUCACUAGAUAAGUCAGAAAAAAUGAAUAACCUUAGUAAACUUAAUGUUAACUCAAAACUGUGAAAAAUGAAUUUGAAAUUAAUUAAUAAUUAACUUGAA